AUGUACCGCCAAAUACUUGUCCAUCCCGAAGACACUACAUACCAAAGAAUUUUAUUCCGUAGAUCGGGGGAUAGCAAUAUUGAAGACUGUGAGCUUAAGACCGUUACCUUUGGAGUUAACUGCGCGCCUUAUUUAGCUAUUCGUACACUCUUACAAUUGGCAGAUGACGUGCAACAAACUUUUCCUCUCGCUUCUGCUAUCCUUAAAAAUGAAUUUUAUGUUGACGAUGCUCUGUCCGGAGCCCAUGACAUUGCAACUGCUUUAGAGGCACAACGUCAACUCUCUGAAGCUUUAAGUUCAGCUGGAUUUUCUUUACGGAAAUGGACAUCAAACUGCGCAGAUUUGAUUAAGCGUAUUCCUGCUUCAGAUCGUUAUGAUCAAGAUUUUCUUAAAUUAGAAGAUAGAAGCAUUUCUAAAACACUUGGAAUCAAGUGGAAUGCGAAGUCCGAUUCUUUUCAUUUCUCCUUCCAAGCAUUGAAGGAAGAUUAUCUUUUAACCAAAAGAGCAGUUCUCUCGAUAAUUUCGAGACUUUUUGAUCCCGCAGGAUGGUUAGCUCCCAUAAUCAUCACUGCGAAAAUCAUAAUGCAGCAAAUUUGGCGUGACGGGACGUCCUGGGACACACCCCUUGUGCCCCUAACGUGUCACCGCUGGAAAGUCUUCUUCGCUAAUCUUCCUGAGAUAAGCAAUAUUCAAGUACCUCGAUGGAUAGAUUACAAACCAGCAAUUCCAAUCCAAAUUCAUGGAUUUUCUGACGCCUCCGAGCAAGCUUAUUCAGCAGCCUUUUACAUACGAGUCCAGCAAAGCGAAAACAGUUGGUCUUGUCAUCUUUUAUGCUGCAAAAGCAAAGUUGCUCCAGUAAAACAGUUGGCUCUGCCAAGGCUUGAACUAUGUGGGGCCGUCUUAUUAUCUAACCUUUAUAAAAAGGCUAUAACUGAACUUUCCUGUUCACAACAUGAAUUAUUUUUAUGGACAGAUAGCUCUAUUGUAUUGUCAUGGCUAAACAAACCACCAUAUACAUGGAAAACCUUUGUUGGCAAUAGAGUUUCACAAAUUCAAACAAAUACUCCCAACGCAAAAUGGAACCACGUUCGAUCAGUGGAUAAUCCAGCUGACCUACCAACACGCGGCUUAUCUCCCAAGGAACUUCAGUCGAGUAACUUAUGGUGGCAUGGACCAUCAUGGCUCUGUCAAUCUUCAUAUGAGUGGCCUAAAUCUGAACUAAACCACAUUGAAGACAUUAAUCUUGAAGAAAGACCUUUGAAAUCAUACCAAACAUCCUUAAAACCGAAUGUCGAUAACAUCGUAGAAAGAUUUUCGUCUUGGCCAAAGACCUUACGUGUAGUUUGUUACAUACUUAGAUUUUUUCAAAGAACCCAUGGCCCUCUGAGAAAAAACUUUUCGUACUCAUCUCUAAUAAUAAACCAAGAUGAAAUAACUAAUGCUAGAAAUCGACUUAUUCGCUUAACUCAAUCGAUUUAUUUUCACGAAGAAUAUCAAGCUCUUUCAAAAGGUGAACUUAUCCCACGGAAAAGUUCCUUAGCUUCUCUUAAUCCCAUGAUAGAUCAAAACCAAAUAAUGCGUUCCAAUAGCAGACUAACAUCAUCCACUCUUUCUUUUAACGAGAAGUAUCCAAUUAUCUUACCUUAUCAAGCAAAAAUAUCACUGCUACUUGUUGAAUUUGUGCAUGAUAUAUCACUUCACGGUGGAAAUCAACUAGUGGUGCGCUUGAUAAGAUGUGAGUUUUGGAUACCAAAAAUUAAAAAUCUGGUGAAAAAACAUAUUAAGUCCUGUAAAGAAUGCAUUAUCCACAAAAAACAAACGCAAAGCCAGAUUAUGGCUGCACUACCCCUUGAAAGAACCCAAAUCUCAUCACCUUUUACUGUCACGGGCUUGGAUUUUGCAGGCCCCUUUUUAAUAAAAAGUUUUGCUGGACGAAACUAUCGAACCACGAAAGGGUAUGUCUGUCUCUUCGUAUGCUUUGCUACCAAAGCAAUACAUCUGGAAGCUACAAGUGACUUGACGUCCCAAGCAUUUUUAGCGGCCUUGAAUAGAUUCAUUGCGCGACGAGGUAUGCCUAAGACGAUAUAUUCAGAUAAUGGAACAAACUUAGUGGGAGCCAGUAAAAUUCUGGCAAACGAUUUUAAGAAAUUCAUUACUUCUCUUUCUCCAGAAGUUUCACGGCAAUAUAAAAAUAGAAAUCUUGAAUGGAAAUUCAUUCCCCCCGGUGCACCUCAUAUGGGGGGUUUAUGGGAGGCUGGGGUAAAAAGCUUCAAGCUUCACUUUAGGAAAGUUGCGGGUACUAAUAAGCUUACUUUUGAAGAGUUUUCGACUCUUCUUACCAGAAUUGAAGCUUGCUUAAACUCCAGGCCCAUCUCCUCCAUAUCAGAAAAUGCAACCGACAUUCCUCCAUUAACUCCAGGUCAUUUCCUCAGAGGAGGACCUCUAUUAACUCCUCUAGAACCUGCUUCAGAUGAAAGCUCCCUAAGCUGUGUUAAACGAUGGGAAAAGGUUCAAGUUUUGCAUCAACAAUUCUGUCAACGAUGGAAAAACGAAUAUUUAAAGGAAAUGAACAAAAGAUAUAAGUGGAAAUUUCCCAACAGAAAUAUAGCAAUCGAUGAUCUAGUUGUCAUAAGAGAUGAAAAUCUUCCCCCAAAUGAAUGGCGUUUAGGUCGAGUAGUUAAGGUCCAUCAGGGAUCAGAUAGUCGAGUACGUGUCGUGGAUAUAAGAACUCAGAAUGGAGUUAUAACCCGUCCAAUAGUGAAACUUUCGAAUUUUCAAGCGACAGAGCGACGUCGCUUAGCAAUCAAAUUUGUUUUAAUUUUUCAGUCGAUCGCUGAGCGACGUAAAAAAAAGAUGUCUACAAUAAACAUUGAAAGUUUAAUUUCAGCUGUCCAAAGCCGCCCAAUGCUAUGGCAGGACACCCACAAAGAUCACAAAAAUAAAAAUGUCACCGAUAAAGAGUGGGAAAAAGUUGGACAAAUUUGUAAUUGUUCUGGAGCCAAUGUAAAACUAAAGUGGAAAAACCUAAAAGACACUUUUCGAAGGGUUCUUCGAAAAGCUCCACGUCCAGUAUCGGGAUCCGAAGCUCCACCAACAAAACCGAAAUGGCCAUUUUUUGAAAUGAUGGCCUUUACGAGGCAACAAGAGGAUAGUGAUGACCUUCAAUUUUUCAAAAGUCUUUUGCCAUUUAUGGCACAAUUUAACAAUUUUGAAAAACUUGAGAUAAGAACUGACAUUCAAAAUAUUAUAUUGGAUAAACUGAAGAAUACAAAUAAAGAUUAAAAAAAUUAAAAAAAA